UGGGCAUGUAGUAGUAUAUUCGGAAAAAAAUGGGGUCUAAAACCGAGAAUGAUUCACUGGGUAUACUCGGCAAUUGUGAGACCCAGGUUAAGUUAUGCUUCGUUAGUGUGGUGGCCUAAAACAACACAAAUAUCAGCUCAGAAAAAGCUUGAUAAACUACAACGUCUGGCAUGCCUAUCAAUAACUGGAGCAAUGCCCAGUAUUCCUUCCAAAGCCCUAGAUGCUCUUUUAUACCUUCUACCCCUGCACCAAUAUGUGCAACUUGAAGCGGAAAAAGGUGCUCUUAGGCUUAAACGUACGAAACAAUUCCAACAAGGAGAUCUUAAGGGGCACUUGCAAAUCCUGAAAGAUUUUCAACUGAAUCCUAUAUUAAUCAUGAACGAAGACUGGAUGGAAACAGAGACUAACUUCAGCGUUCCUUUCAAAGUGAUUGAAUUCAAUCGCAGCGUAUGGGAAGAAGGUGGUCCAAUAACUCGUCCGGGAUCACUCGUGUUUUACACAGAUGGGUCAAAAAUUGGAAAAUCUACAGGAGCUGGGAUUACUGGACCAGGGAUAGAUGUCUCAAUUCCAAUGGGACAGUGGCCUACAGUUUUUCAAGCAGAAAUACAUGCUAUUCUAACAUGUACAAACAUUUGUUUGGCUAGGAAACACAGGUAUGCCAGUAUCUGUAUUUUCUCAGAUAGCCAAGCAGCUCUAAAUGCAUUGAAAGCAUAUACUUGUCAGUCAAAGCUAGUUUGGGAAUGUAUUCUUUCUUUAAAAAAACUAGCUGUAACUAAUGACGUUAAUCUAUACUGGGUGCCUGGUCACUGCGGUAUAGAAGGUAAUGAAAAAGCUGAUCUUCUAGCAAGAUUAGGAUCUUCAACUAAAUUCGUCGGACCUGAGCCAUUUUGCGGAUUAUCUACAUCCUGUCUGAAAUCCGAGCUCAAAUCCUGGAAAAUAUCGAUGAUUGAAGCCAACUGGAGAGCUCUAUCAACAUCACGACAAUCAAGAUCAUUCAUUACACCUUGUAAUAGAAUAACACGCAGCCUACUCAGCUUGAAUAAAGCCGAUCUGAGUAUGUUGACUGGGCUAUUGACCGGACAUUGUCCGAGCAGGUAUCAUCUCAAAAAAAUUGGGAAAAUAACGGAUGAUAAAUGUCGUUUCUGCAAUUUUGAUGCUGAAACUUCGGAACAUUUACUGUGUCAAUGCAGUGUAUUGAUUCAGCAAAGACUGCGGAUUCUUGGAAAGGGCAUUCUUAUGCCUAACGAGAUAUGGUCUGCUGAACCAAAAAAGGUAAGAAACUUCUUAAAAGAAGUCAUACCUUCUUGGGGGGAGAUGCAAAGUCCUAGUGCGACUAUCACUUAUUCCUUGAGUGAUGGAACGAACUGACAGCGCAUAUAUAGUAAACUGGAGUGCACCACAAUAGAUCAAACUAAUGGUCGCAGUGGUUCAAUGCUCCUACAGAAGAAGAAGUCCAAAAAGCAUCGCAUAUCGUUAUAUACGGCUUUAUAUGCGUACAAAAUAUGGCAUAUACGUAUAUCGCCUCCACUUUUGUGUGUAUAUGCUAGUUAUUUGCAUCAUAUAUCAUACAAAUGUGUCUUGGUUGUAUGUAUAUCGCCUCCAAUUAUAGCUAUUCAUACGACUUAAUGUU